AUGACGAUGCUGGGUGGCCGUUCAUGCGCCAUGCAGCUGCGCGUGGAUCCGGAAGUUCCCACUCGAGCCUAUGGCAACGGCACCACAUUUGACAUUACCAACAUCCUGCCAUAUCCAGUCACAGUGCAAGGCCCGGGGUUUCCAAACAGCACCUAUACCUACAUCUUCGACCCCGUGCACGGUGUGCCAUGCGGGGGCAUGCCCAGCAACACUGCCGUAUGUCAGCACGCCGAUUUUCUGCGCAACUGUGGCUUGACCAACGGCACCAUCUGGUCUCUGCACGGAAUUUUCCAGCAACCCACGGUCUUCUCCGUGCUCUAUGUGGAUGGCUUCAACUGGCGAAUGACAAACGUCACGUUCAUCGAGGAUGCCGCAGUCCAUCCCCCGGUUGUGACGGUUGUGGGCGAAGCGCCCUACCUCGAGUAUCAAAUCCAACUCGCGCUGCCGGAGGAACGGCGGCGGGACUUUGAGUAUCGCGCGGCCUUGAAAGUGCGCCGCGAGCCCUCCACCGUGCGGAUGACCCUGCCGGGAAGCUGUGCUCACCUUCACCAUUCCACUGAAACUUCAAGCCCCCAUGAAGGGCCGGCCGUUCCCAGGAGCAAAACCAGCUGGAAUCCCCUCACCAAGGACAUCACCGCCGCGCCCGGCUUUAACCGCUGGCUCCUCGUGCUGCCCGCUGUUUCCACCCACAUGUGCCUUGCUCAAGAUUGGUCGUUGAGUGACGUUGUCCCCAUCUUCUCCUCGCUCUUUGUGAUGCAUGGCCUCUCCGCGGCCAUUCUGGGCAAGUGGCAAGAACGCGUCGGGCCCCGCGUUGCAGGUGCCAUUGGUGCAUGCCUCUUUGGUGGCGGAUUUAUCGUCGGCAGCGCCGGCCUCAUGCUGCACUCCUUGCCCCUCAUGUACCUGGGCUAUGGCAUGGGCAUUGGUUUGGGCAUGGGCACCUCCUACGUGCCUCCGGUGGCGACCCUUCUCAAGUGGUUUCCGGAUCGCCGUGGCUUUGCCACGGGUCUCACCAUCAUGGGCUUUGGUGGUGGCGCACUUGUCAUGUCCCCCAUCAUGACCCAGGUUAUCGCGCGCGAUGGCCGCUAUUUUGUCGAGGGCAGCAGUGACACCCAAGAGGUGAUCAAGGCCACCGCUGAGCAGCUUCUUCAAUCGCCUUUUCCGAGCUUGCAAGAAGGCUUCUUUUUGGUCGGCACGGGAUCGACUGGUGUGCCUGAGGCGCUCACAGUUAUGGGUCUGGGCUAUCUGGCCAUCUGUCUGGGCUCGGCUUUCUCGUUUCGCCUGCCCUCGGCCGACACCCUACGGGAACUGACUGAAAAGAGCCCGCAGUAUGCCAAAAAGAAAGAACAAGAAGAAACCACGGGCGAGCGUACCAUGCCAACCGUUCGCAAUGUGCACGUGGAUGAUGUCAUGCGCACUCCGCAGUUCUGGCAAAUUUGGACUUCUUUUGGCUUGCUGGCCGCCACUGGUAUGGCCUCACUCUCCAUUGCCAGCACGAUGCUUCUCGAUAUCUUUGGCAAGCAACUUCCAGACCUUGUCAACAUCGCGCGCCUGGUACUCUUUCUUCUGCUGGUGAGCCUGAUUCCAGCGCGUGUUCUCAGCCAAGCCCGUGACAUUGCUAGUGCCUGCGCUUCUCGCUACGUCCUUGCCCUCUCUGCCGCCAACCUGGCUGGCCGUCUGGUUUGGGCCAGCGCCUCGGACUAUGUUGGUCGCAAGGCUAUUUUUGGCCUUUACACGGGCGUAUCCAUCCCACUGUACGCCAGUCUUCCGUACAUUAUUCACCAAGCAACAGAGACACAAGACAUUAUGCCCCUAGCGAGCUUUGUAGCUGCCAACAUCAUGAUUGUCAGCUUUUUCGGCGGUGCCUACAGCUCGACCCCGGCCUACGAAGCUGACAUGUUUGGCAGUCGUUAUGCCGGCGCGAUUCAUGGUCGCAUGCUAACAGCUUCAGCUGCCGGUGGCUUCUUGGGCCCCAUGUACAUGACCAAACUGCGCGAAUGGUCAGAAGUGAGUGCCUUGCGUGAUUUGGCCAGCAAAGCAGAUAUUGCGGCCUUUGAGUCACGCUUUGGUGUCUCCACGGAGCAAAUCAACACGCUGAUUGCCAAGAAAAGCGUGGAUAUUCAAACGUUGCUGGGCAUGUGCCCCGCUGGCACCGCCGAUCCUACACCGUUUUUGUAUGAUACAGCCAUGUACGCCUCAGCCGGCUUGCUGGGCGUGGCUGCUGUGGCCAACCUGACCAUGCGCCCUGUGAAGGAUGCCAUGUUCAUGAAGCCCGAUGACCCUCGCGCAUAA